AUGGCGGUAGACACCAGCUACCUGACCACUCAGGUCAACAACAUCGUCGCUCAGCUCCAUGGAAUUUACGACGAGAUUGGAGUUCCUGCGCGCGAGCGCGAGUCCCGCGAGGCGGAACUCUUCAGUGCCCUGUCGGAGACCUUGAACAACCAUCUUAAGGUCGUCGAUGAAGAACGAGAGGAUAUGACCCAGGAAGCAGAACGUCUCAUCACAGCGAUUCAACAAAUGGAAUCAUCCCUGAGCGAUGAACGGGCCAAUGGCCAAUACGAACUUGACCACGACGACCUUCGCGUCACUUACCCACUUAACAAAUGUAUUGCGUUCUUGCGCGAGAAGAAUGACUCGAUGAGCAAGUUGCAUCGCGAGCGCUUCGAGCAGGUCAAGAAACUUGUCGACGCGCUUGAAUCUUACUCCUCCCAUCUCGAGCCAUCAUUUGUUAAGCUCGAGCUUCCUCCCACUGCGCCAGGGGCGUCGAUUCCCCCGAGCUUCGACCUUUCGCCUAUGUAUGUCACCGCAUUGGAUGCCGAAUUCACCCACGUCUACGAAGAAUACCAUCGCCGUAUUGCCCAGGUCCAAUCUGCCUGCGAAGAAAUGAUCAAGCUAUGGGCCGAGCUCGGAACACCCCAGGCCCAAACAGAUUCCAAUAUCAUGAAGUGUUAUCGCGAAUCCCCUGAGCAACUGGGUCUGCACGAAGAUGAUAUCGUCAACCUCAUGGCCAAGCGCAAUAAAUUGGUGGAAGAAAAGAAGGGCCGCGAACGCAAGAUCAACGACCUCAGAAAUACUGUUAUCUCUCUUUGGGAUCGCUUCGGUGUUGAGGAGGCUGAUCGCAAGGCAUUCCUGGCUGCGAACCGUGGCUGUGGCUUACGCAUAAUUAACGACCUUGAAGAGGAAUUGACACGUCUCAAUGAACUUAAGAGACAGAAUCUCCACCUGUUUGUGGAGGAUGCUCGCUGCCGAUUGCAGGAACUUUGGGAUGGUCUCUUCUUCUCCGAAGAGGAAAUGCUCGAUUUCACACCUGCUUUCUCCGAUGUGUGCAGUGAUGCCUUGCUCGAGGCUCACGAGGCCGAAAUUACACGACUGGAGCAUAUUAAGGAGCAGCGAGCUCCUACUCUCGAAAUGAUUGACAGACACCGCACUCUUCUGACAGACCGGGAGGCACUUGCGACGUCAAGCCAAGAUGCAUCCCGCCUCAUGGGCCGCGGGAACAAAGGAGAGAAGCGUGACCCUGGAAAGCUCCUGAGAGAGGAGAAGAUGCGCAAGAGAAUUGCCAAAGAAUUGCCGAAACUUGAAGCUGACCUCCGGAAAGAGUUGGAACAUUGGGAAGAUGAAUUCGGCCGACCAUUCCUGGUGCACGGAGAGCGAUAUCUUGAUUCGUUGACACCUGUCAGGUCAAUGCCUCCACCACGCUCAAAGACGCCAUCUGCACCACCCUCAACUACCAAAGCAAGCACAAUGAGGCAGCAGCCGCCUACCCGCCCUGGAAGCUCCAUGAGAGGCCCACCCCCUCCCCGCUCUGCCACCAAGACCCCCACUAGCAGCGGCCCAGUUAAACACAACACCAUUGGAUAUGGUGCCUCUCGAGCUGGGGCCACCUCAAGAGCUGGUGCAUCAUCCCCUUCAAAGCUUCCCGCCCGUGUCCCGCUGGGAAAUAUGCCUCAUGGAAACAACUCCCCUGAGCGUCGUAUCCAACCCGGUGCCUACUCGUCCAGCACCCUUGGAAAGAUGCCGCCACCGCGCGGACCUCCCCCACGAAUGCGUGCGUUGACCGUCGAGUCAAGGGAAGACCGCUUCAGCCACCUUAUGGAGCCACCUCGCUGCAACAGUGCUAUGUCAAGUGCCUAUGUGCGGCCUGUUAGCCCCGAAGACGUCUAUGAUGACCGGCAGCGAUCCUUCAUGAGCAACUCAGGAUUCUCGAACUCGCAAAGGUCCACCGGAUUCUCUCACUCGUCUCACUCCUCACAAUCGUCACUGUCUCUGAACUCCUCUAAUCAAGCCUUCCCCCGACCAAACCCGUACUUGCAGCACGCAGCUCCUCCCCCAGCUGCCCGUCAGGUCUCCAACGCCUCUACAGUCAACACUGCAACCUCUGGAUCUGAGAACUGGGAGACAUUCGAGGACGGCUCGGGAUCAGAGGCCGACCCCAGUGAUAUUUACUAUUCUAAACUCCGUGCUGCACAUGGAGGAAAGCGAUUUGCACCUGAGGAUGGAUCUGAUCUCACUGGCAAGAAGUCUAAGGGUAUUCGCAGUGUCAGUCCAGAUGGUCCGCAUCCCGGGCAGGUCCUGCGCGUUGCUGGCAGUGACAACGAGUGGGCCGAUGACUACGAAACUUACUAG